AUGUGUCUGCCUUCUGUGGUUUCCUGGAGUCUGGUGUCAGGCUAUAAAACCUUGCUGGGAGCAGGACGAGACCCCAGGAGCUGCCCCGCCUCGAAGGGAUCACAGAAGGCUGUGAUGGAGCACCUGCUGCCCCUCCUGCUGCCCCUCCUGAUGCUGAUGUGCCCCCCAGUCAGCAGCACCCCAUCCAUUGCAGGUUAUCCCUGGAAGUGGAGGGAGAGAGGAGGAGAAGCCAAGGCACCCCCCAGGACACCCCCCACACCCUACCUGGCCUUUCUGCAGGGGAAGGACAACCACUCCUGUGGAGGCUUCCUGGUGGCUCCUGGCUGGGUGAUGACAGCAGCUCAGUGCCUCGUGCACAAACCUCUGACUGUCAUCCUGGGAGCCCACACGCUGCCAAGGAGAGAGGAAAGCUGGCAAACCUUCCAGGUGAAGGAGUACCACUGCCACCCGGGCUUCAGGAGCCCCAAGGAGGGGAAUGACAUCCUUCUGCUGAAGCUGAAUGGCAAUGCCACCAGCAACGGCCACGUCAGGCCCAUCUCCUUUGAGAAAUCCAAAGUUCGGGGUGGGACGGAGUGCAGCGUGGCUGGCUGGGGCCACAGGACAGCCACUGUCACCAUCAUCAGGCAGAGGGACUGCCUCAGCCACUACCCAGGCCUGGCUGACAACCUGAUCUGUGGGCGCAGCAGAUCCCCCAGGGUACCUGAAAAGGGUGAUGCUGGGGAUCCUCUGGUCUGCAACAACAAAGCCUUUGGCAUCUUCUCCUACAGGCACAACAACUGGCCUGGCUUCUACACACACAUUGCCCCUUUCCUCCCCUGGGCCAACAGUGUCAUGAAGUCCUCGUGACCCUGCUGCCCCUGCAGAGCUCACCCUCCAGAGCCCUGUCCUCACCAGCUUCCCCUUCCUUUCUCCCUGGCAACCUCUGCCACUGCUCCUCGGGGAUGUGGCA